AUGGUUUAUACAAUUGUUGUCCACAUGCGCGCAAAGGCAGAUAAGGAGUCCAUCUCCAAGCUGCACGCCAAGCUCCUCGAGGCAUCGGCCGUUUACUCCAAAGACAAGGAGACUAUCUCCUGGUUCGUCAUGCAGUCUAUCCACGACCCUCAGGACUUCACUAUCGUCGAGCGGUACGAGCAGGAGUCUAGCCAGGCUUACCACCUCAACAACCCCUACUGGAAGACUUUCGACCCCUAUGUUAUUCCUCUGCUCGAGAAGGACAUGGACUUGCGUCGGUUUGAGGAGCUGGUUGAGCCUUCUUCUUAA